AUGGAAGCACGAAGCGGUUGGGAAUACGCAGGAGUAGGCAAGAGAGGUAGCCCGGGGUCACGAGGGAUGCGGAGCGGUGAAGAGGUGAACAUGAGACGGCGGGGCGCAGUGGACAUGGAUGUCUUGUGGGCGGAUCCAGCGGUGGUCGGGGGGGCCGGGGAUAGGGAUGCGCGCGCUGAUAACGGCGGGGAAGGCGGAGAGUACGACGACGAUGACGAGGAGCAGGAGGCGCCGGCGCUGGAGCGACUGGAAGCCGUGUCGCGCCACUCGACCCCGUCGCGCUUUUCGUUGAACGCCUCGCCCGAGGUGCCUGGCGCGGGGAGGGAAAGGUCCGCUGAGGGCAUUCCCCGACCUCGCACCGGAGGGCACGGCGCGCGCGGUAUGCACGACGGCGCGCAGGCGCAGAGGGGCGACGGGGCGCCCAAGGUCCAUCCGCGCACCCGCGCACUGCGCGCUUCGCACCACCGCCGCUGGGCGUCGUUCGACGGUUCUAAUGCAAUGCUUUGGGACGGGGAAGACAUAUCGCGUGCGCAUUCCGCGGAGAAUUCGGCACGGUUGCCAUGGGGCGGCGCGGCAGAGCAACAGCUGCAGAGCUCGCUGCAUCCCGACAGCCUGCUCCGCGAUCCCUCCGCGUCCGCGGUCGGCUCAGCUUGCCCAAAGCCCUCCGUGCGCCGAACGCGCACGCGACAGCAGCGACAGCCGCGGGCGAACGCGAGCAGCCAGCUGCAGAUGCGAUCUCGAUCGGACCGGCUGGGUGAGUCGGGUAACCAAUCAGAUGGCGAAGUUGAGGGCGGCGGCGCGUUAGCGGGUGAGGGGUCGUCGGACGACGACGAGCUAUUCCGCCCCACGCCGCCGCGCAUGCUGGGCGGCGUAGGAGCGCGGUCCGGCAGGUGGGCGAGCGCGAGCAGCGGGGAGCGCGGGUCCGUGCUGGCGGCGUGGCAGCAGCGCGAGCUAGCGCAGGUGGAGGAGAAACUCCGCCACGCAGGCGAUGGCGGAGAGAUGGCGGGGGGCGCGCUGGCGGGUGAGAGUCAGGGGCGGGGGGUGGAUGGACUGGGGGACGAGAGGCGCAGGCUCGGCGGAGAGGUCUUGUGGGGGAGGGGGGAAGGGGAGGCCGAGGCGGAGACGGUGGGCGCAACGGAAGGGGACGGUAGUGAGUCAACGGUCAGGGGCGCGCAGGAUGGUGCGCUGGCAAGUGAGAUGAUGACACGUGGACUCCUGGAUGAUGCUGACGUGGAUGCGAGGGAGAAUGGGUCGUGCAGACAGGGCGACGCGGGAAGGCGGAGAAGGGAGCAAGGGGAAGACGGGAGUGAAGGGGAAGCGGGGGAGGAUGUCGGAAGGCGGGAGGGAGGCAGUGAGGGGCUGGUGGGGGGCGCAGCGGGGCAGGAGGAGGCGGAGGCGGAAACUCAAGAGGGGGAAGAUGCGGAGGGGGAGGUGGGGGCGGGGGAGAGGGGGGAAGCUGACAGAGAAGAUCUGGAGGGGGUGAGCAGAGUGGACGGGGCGGAGGGGGAGGGGGAAAGCGAUGCGCGCAUUGCAGAGGAGCACAAGGCGGAGGAGGGGGAGGAGCGCGAGCAGGGCGGGCAUGGGGAGGGCGGUUGGCCCAAGUUCCUGCGGCGCAAUGCAACCGCGCAUCCGGGGGGGGCGAAGGGGGAGAGCGGGGGGGGCGGGGGGAGCCGGCUGGGGCAGCUGCUGCGCAACGGGACGUUCAAGCGCCCGCAGGGGGAGGGCGAGGAGCGCCACGGCAGCCGCCUGGGACGCGUAGCCACCGCCGUGCGCGCGGGACUCAAGGAGGGGAAGGGCUUUGAGGGGCUGGCAGCGCCCAAGCGCGUGCAGUUCCAAAUCACCGAGCUGGAGUUCGCCACGGACGGCUUCGCGAGGGAGAACGUGCUGGGCGAGGGCGGCUUCGGCACCGUGUACCGCGGGCUGCUACCCGUGGCGCCGCGCGUGGAGGUGGCGGUGAAGGUGUUGAAGCAGCUGGGCGUGCAGGCGGACGAGGAGUUCCACAUCGAGCUCGAGCUGCUGUCGCGCCUGGACCACAAGAACCUCGUGCGCCUGCACGGCUUCUGCUCCACCGCCUCGCAGCGCAUGCUCGUCUAUGAGUACCUGCCUAAUGGCAGCCUCACCGACCACCUCCAUGCCCCCCCGGGAACGGCGGAGCUGUCGUGGGAGCGGCGGGUGCGUAUAGCAGCGGGGGCGGCGAGGGGGCUAGCUCACCUGCACCGGCAGCGACCGCAGAUCCUGCACCGCGAUGUGAAGGCACCCAACAUCCUGCUCACCUCCAACUUCACUGCUAAGGUGGCGGACUUUGGGUGCGCCAAGCUGAUACGGCGCACGGAGGUGGUGGAGGACGCGGUGACGGGGCGGCAGGUGGAGCGGCUGUGUGACAGUGUGGACUACGCCAUGGGCACCCCGGGUCACAUGGCGCCCGAGAUGCUCAUGACCGGCGAGAUCAGCGCCGCCACCGAUGUGUACAGUUUCGGCGUGGUGCUGCUGCAGCUGGUGACCGGGCGGCUGCCAAUUGAUGCCAACCGGCAGCAGCUGACGAUGUGGGCGGCGCCACUGCUGGAGGAGGAGCGCUGGGAGGAGCUGCUGGACCCGCGCCUGCAGCGCGCCCUGCUGGGCCGCGCCAAUGGGGGGGGCGCAGGGGGCGGAGGAGGGGGGCGAGGGGGGGAGGACGCGGCAGGGGCGGGGGCAGGGGCAGCGGGGGAGUUGAGGCGGCUGGUGGCGGGGCGGUCGGUGGGGCGGUGCCUGCAGCUGGCGGGCACGUGUCUUGACAUGGACCCCCUGCAGCGCCCCUCCAUGGAGGACGUCGCUCUCUCCCUCCUCGCCAUCUACAGCUCAGCCUGCGCGGAGCGAGACGAGGCGCUGCAGCCGGCAAGCGAGGGCUUCAGAAGCGGACGAAUGCUGCCGCCCGCCGGCCCGUCCGACCCCACGCGGGCGGGGUCGGGGGGGAGCGGCAUGCAGGGGGCGGGUGGGGGGGGGAAUGGGGCAGUGGUGGGGGGAAGUGCGCGGAUGACUGCCAGUGGGGGGCUGUCAGGGUCGCCUGAGAGGCCAGCCGGCACUGCCAAGGCCAGAUUCCAGAGGUGCUGCUCUGCUCGCCCACACCAUGCCCCACGUGCUCUGCAUUCCCUGUGCCCCCGUGUAUUUCCCCUUGCUCUUGUGCAUGCCCCAUGUGCUGUUCCUGCCAUGGCGCCUCACCCGUGUCUCUCCAUCUCUCUCCCUCCCUCCCUCGCGCUACACCAGGAACCGGCAGAGCAGGGGGGUCCAUGCGGCACCACAGCAUGCCGUGUGGCUUGCCUGCCCGGCACCCUUGCGCUCGCACUGUGUGCUCAUGCGCUGGCAGUGGAAGGGUGGUCCGCACAGCAUGCUCCCUCCCACCUGCACACAUCAUCCUUAUCUGAGCCCAAAGCUUCUGGCCGCUGGCAGCAGUGGGAAGCAGCGGCAUGUGUUCAGUCCAGUGGGUGUGCAGCAGGAUGGGGAUAG